UAUUAUUGUGCAAUUGCUUAUUAUUAUUACUUAUAUAAUAUUAAUAUAGUUUGUUGCCUAUGUGAAGUAAUGCCACCUAAAUCUUUAAGCUUGAAAAAGGCUCAAAAGGGGCCGCCAAAGAAUCAAAAAGCAAUAACGCAGUUCUUUAAGAACACAAAUGUUACAAAUUCACAAAACGUACCAGUAAAAAAGUCUUCACCCGCAAAAGAAGUAGAGAAGGUUUCAGUUAAACGAAAGGCUACUUCUCCUCUUCAUAUCGAGACCCCAGGGACUAACCAAGCAUGCACAAUUAAUGGGAAUGAUAUAAGUAAAAAACGGAAAAGUGAAAACCAGAAUGUCAUCCAGCAAAGUCCAAUAAAAAAUGGUAUUCAAAAGGGUACAAGAAAAUCUCCCAUUAAAAAUGGUCAUCAUUGUGAAACAGUGAAGAAAUCGCCUGGGAAAGAAAAUGGUUAUAAACCAGCAAUAACAGACAAUGAUUUUGAUAGUCUUUUAAGAAAUGAUCAUGUAGAAACCAAUGGGAACCUGAAAAAUUGUUCUCCGAAGAAGAGGUCACCACUGACCUCAAGUCAAGAAAACAAUAUGAUUGAGAAUGAGAUACAAAGUAUCUUUGAUGAUGAUGAAAUUGAGUGUAAAUCAAAUGGAAGUAAUAAUCAUGUAUCUAAUAUACAAUGUCAAGCGAAGUUUUCUCCCAACUUUUAUGAUAUGCAUGAUGAAGAUAGUCCAGAAGUCAAUAAGGGUUCACCUAUUGUCAAACAAAGUGAAGGUACUCCAAAAAUUUGCACUGCACCAAAGUCCAGCUCUCCCUUAAAAAUUGUCAAGUCUCCAGCCAAGUGUGUCAAGGUUCUUGAGUUUGAUGACCCUGAAGUUGACAGUAUGUUUGGUGAUGACUGGGCUGAAGAUAUUGAUGAGGAAGCUGUAGAAGACUUAGAUUUGAGUAUGAUGCAGAGAUGUGAAAUAGAAGCAGUCAACAGCUUACCCAACAGGCUGGAACUGAAACUCAAGAAUGCUACUAACAAUAGGGUUACUUGCUUUGUUGAAGGCAUUUGGCUACACACACCCCUGCAUCCCGGCGACACCGUCAGUAUCCUCGCCUCACGGGACUCGUCAGGCAGCUUCACCGUCACCAACUCCUCAGGACUGCUGGUGCUGCGGCCAGACCGGUUGGUGUCGUCCACUAGUGUGGUAGCCGGGGUAUUCUGCCAACGGAAGGCUGUGCUACAGGAGCGCUGGCGCGGCAUUGACUCUGCAAACACUGCUAUGACAAUCGGCAUAUUAGUGCACGAGCUGGUACAAAAAGCCCUCACGCAGAACAUUAGGUCCGUGGACCAACUACGUAACGAGGCGAACUAUAUAAUAAAGGAAUCAAUUCAGAGCCUGUACGACGCGGGUCUAUCCGAGGAGGAGGCAAGUUCGAACAUUCAGCAGUACAUUGCCCCGCUGGCGGAGUUCAUGCAGACGUAUAUGUCGGACAAACCGCCUCCUAACAUGGGCCAGAAAGAUAAGUGGUGCGGAAAUAUCACCAAAGUGCUGGACAUUGAAGAAAACUUGUGCUGCCCACAGCUGGGCCUGAAGGGGAAGAUCGACGCCACGCUACAAGUCACUAUUCAUGAACGAAAAGGUCGCCAGGCAGCAGUGGUCCCACUAGAGUUGAAGAGCGGUCGCGCGUCUGUGUCGGCGGAGCACCGCGGACAGCUCGUGUUGUACGGCAUGAUGCUGGCUCUGCAGCGCGCGGCCGACCCCGCCAGCAGCGAGCAGCGCGGCUUACUGCUCUACCUCAAAGAGCGCGUGGACCUAAGGGAAGUGAGCUGCGGAUACCCUGAGCGAAGGGACCUGAUAAUGCUCCGUAACCAGUUAGUGCAGUACCUGGCCGAUGGACCGACCGCGACCGAUCCAGAGCAAAUGACCGACAUAGAGGAGGCUUCGAGCCUCUUGCAACAAAACUUGCCGGAGCCGGUUAACCACCACAACGCGUGCGCCAAGUGCCCCUACCUCACCGUCUGUUCCUUGCAUCUGUGGCACACAAACGGCCCCACCGUAUCAGAAAACCACCCUCUCUCGAAACUAAAACAAGACGCCCUGGGCCAUCUGUCGGCGGAGCACGUCAACUACUUCUUACACUGGACGGCGCUUCUCAAGAUGGAGGAGACUGGCCAGAUGUCGGUGUCGCCGUUGCAUGCGUUGUGGACUGACAGUGUUGAGAAACGAUCAAAACGAGGGACGUGCGCUGCAAAUUUAAGAUUAAAAUCAGUGGUACAAUCUGGAGAUAGAUACACGCAUACAUUUGAAAGACAGAGCAUAAAUAAUAGAGAUAAGACACACCAUAAAACCAAGGGCCCUCAGGAAGGCGAUUUCUCAAUAGUAAGCAUAGACAACAGACCGUGGAUCGCCGCUGGAGUUGUCACUGUUGCUAAAGAAAACGAAAUGCAGAUUCUAUUAGAAAGGGACCUGAGUUGUCGGAUGAGCAAAGACACACUGUACCACAUCGACACAUACGAGUCGUACGCGACCACAGUACAGAACUUGACUAAUCUGGGAGUGCUGCUGGAAGACAGCGAUCGGGCGCUGCGGCUCAGAAAAAUAAUCAUCGACAAAGCGUCCCCUGAAUUUGAAAAGAAGCUCCCGCGCGAAGUGGCCAGACUCGGCACCAAAAUGAUGAAGUCACUGAACAUACAGCAACAGAGAGCCGUGUUCAAGGCAAUCGCUGCCAAGGACUAUGCGCUGUUGCAGGGAUUGCCGGGGACUGGUAAAACUCAGACGAUAAGCGUCUUGAUACAAAUGCUGGUGGCGCUAAAACAACGCGUGUUGGUCACAGCGCACACUCACUCAGCUGUUGACACUGUAUUAAGCAGGCUACCAGAGUCGCUGAAGGUGAUGCGGCUCGGGUCGGCGGCGCGCGUGGCCCCGAGCCUGCUGGCUCGCUGCGAGCAUCAACUAGCUUCCAAAUGCGAGACACUAGAUCAGUUGGAACAACUCUACAACUCUAUGGCGAUGGUCGGCGUAACGUGCUUGGGUGCUGCGCACGCGAUGUUAGCUCGUACCACCUUCGACAUCUGCAUCGUAGACGAGGCCACUCAGGUUUUACAAUGCACCGUUCUACGGCCUCUGUUCGCCGCAAAUCGGUUUGUCCUGGUUGGAGACCCUGAACAACUGCCACCCGUUGUUAGAAGUCGUGCUGCAAGACGACUAGGUAUGGAGGAGAGCUUAUUCCACAGACUGAUGACGGAUGAAGCGACGUCCACACUGCAGCUGCAAUACAGAAUGAACCAGGCACUAGCCGACCUGGCCAACAAAGUGGCGUAUAAUGAUAGACUGAAGUGUGCUGAUGAGAAAGUUGCUCAAGCUAAAUUGAACAUUAAUUCCCAGAAAUUGUUAGCACACACAUCGGAAUCGUGGUUGGUGAAGGCAUGCAGCGCAGAUCCAGAGAACGCUGUGUUAUUCAUCGACAUGAAGAUGGCGGAAAAGACUGAGACUAGCAGUAAGACGUGCGCCAACCCCGACGAGGCGUGUGUGGUUUUGGCGAUAGUUCAAGCUUUAACAGCUGGUGGCGUAAAAUCAUCGGACAUCGGAGUAAUAUCGCCGUUUCGCGAGCAAGUGGCGCUUCUACGCCGAGCGCUGAGUGUGGAAGUCAGCACUGUCGACCAGUUCCAGGGGAGGGACAAGUCCGUCAUAGUGUACUCUUGUACGAAACGAGAUGUCGGUGACAACAAAGUGAAGGAAGGUGAAGUCUUAAACGACCAGCGUCGCCUAGCAGUCGGAGUGACCCGCGCCAAACACAAACUACUAAUAGUGGGAAAUUCAAACGCGCUACAAAAAUACGCGCCCCUAAAGCGGUUGAUAGACGUUUGCCCCUCUUUGUUUAUGGAGAGAGAAACCAUCAAUCAAGUUAUAGGGAAAUAUAAAAGUGUAGUUUCGUAAGCCACUGUGAUUAAAUUGUGUUAUUUUAAAUUGGAUAAUUAUGUGCCUUAG